GUUCAUUAUUGUUCAUGUGGGGAUUUUACUACAUUUCCCAUGAUUCCAAAGGCCGGAACAGGAAGCACAAGCCGGAAGCAUGCGAAGAGUGAGCCGGCAAUCCUGUGAGGACGGCCCGCUGCUUGAGGAGCAGGAGACGGAGGGCCAGCGGCAGCUGCACAGCCUCCUGCUGCAGCAGCUCCACACUGAAGUUGACAUUGACCGAUGUGUAGCCAAGAGGCAGUGCUUCGCCCCAGCGGCGCUCUAUCUGCCGUUUGGGGAACAGGCAGCUGGAGUGAGAAGCCUCCCCCAGUUCCAGGCCCUACAGGAUGGGGAGAAGGAGCUGGCCAGCUUGCGGGAGCUGGGCCUAACCGACACGGAGAUCCAGCAGUGGCAGAGCAGAGACGUACCGGAGGCAGCAGAGAAGUCCCAUGGUGUGUGCGCAGCUCCAGGUGCGAAGCAGCAGCGCCUGCAGGUGAUCAGAGACAAGAUUGAAGCCAGGGCAGAGCUCCUGUCCCGCCCACAGCGCUUUGCCGCCAGCCGGCCGCUGUCACGCCGGGAGAUGGAGAUCGAACGAGCGCUUUUCCAGGGAACUGACCGCCUGGGUUUCCUCACUGCACUCUACCAUAGAGAUGAAGAUAACCCAAAGGGCCAGGAAAGGGCGUCGUCCUCUGACCCAAUGGAUUCUCUCUACAGAGACGUUCUCAGCAAGGAGAGGAAACCGGUUUCACUACAGGAGAGAGAAACAACCGAAGCGUCGCACCUGUCUACACACAGAAACAUACCUGACCAAUUACAGGACUCACAGAGAGACAACAGACAAUCAGAAGAAGCCUCUGACCAUCAGUCAGAACUGCAGGGUGAAAAAAGUAGCUCGUCAGUACAGUCGGAGUCAAGUUCAGACCCUGCAGAGCAGCAGCCCGUUCCGGACAGACCGGGGCCCCCACCAACGACUGCUCCACCACAGAUAAAUAUAAGCCAGCCAAUCGGCAGUCUCUGUGGAGCGGCGAAGUCCAGGUCAGGGGGACCACUGACUGUCAGAGGGCAGAUUGAGACAAUCUCAGAUGAAGAAAUCCUGAAAAACCGUGAAUCUGAAGAAGGGAUCCAGAGCAUCCCGAGGUUCCGAAGCUACCAGCCGGGAAUACCCUCCAAGGUGUUGUGUGUAAAGAACCUGAGUGUGCAGGCCUCAGUGGCCCAGCUGGUGGCGCUGUUCUCCAGGUUCGAACAGGAGAACGGGCCGCCAGUACUUUACCGCCUGCUGACUGGAAGGAUGAAGGGUCAGGCCUUCAUCACUCUGCCAGAUGCUGAAACAGCCAAGAAAGCCUUGCAGUUGGUCCAUGGAUACCGGUUGCUAGGGAAACCUUUGGUGGUUGAGUUUGGCCGUGAGCGACAGGAAGAAGAGAAACAGAAGGAGAAGCAGAAGGAGACAAAAUAACAAAAAAAAAAAAAAAAAUGUAUUCCUGACAUCAACAUGGAUGCUCCAGAGUUCUGAAUAACAGGCUGAGAUGGAGGGGAUUGUAAAUAUUGUGUAUAUGUAUAUUAUUUUUUCUAGAUAAAUUAAGUGGUCAUCUUUGCAUUUUAAUAAAUGUCUGUUUUGCAUCAAA